AGACUUUCGCUCGUUUGCAGCGGGUCGGAGGAUCGAAGGAUUGAGCCAAUUGCGGACGAAACGUCUUUGCAAGGAAGGGGGUGAGGGAGCAGCCCUUUGAGUUCCGCCUCUUCUCUAGGCGCUGGUGGGGAAGGGGGACGUAAGGAAUCCUGCCCUCUGAGCCGCGGACCCGACGAUGAUGCUGUCAGUAUCGAGAGUGGCACAAACACAGAACGCCCUGAUACGCCUACAAAUACACCGAAUGCACCGGGAAGGAAAAGCUGGGGGAAGGGAAAAUGGAAGUCAAAGAAAUGCAAAUAUUCUUUCAAAUGUGUGAACAGCCUCAAGGAAGAUCAUAACCAGCCAUUGUUUGGAGUUCAGUUUAACUGGCACAGUAAGGAAGGAGAUCCUCUGGUGUUUGCAACUGUGGGAAGCAACAGAGUUACCUUAUAUGAGUGCCAUUCACAAGGGGAAAUCCGGUUAUUGCAGUCCUAUGUAGAUGCUGAUGCAGAUGAAAACUUUUAUACUUGUGCAUGGACCUAUGAUAGCAACACCAGCCACCCUCUACUUGCUGUUGCUGGGUCUAGAGGCAUAAUAAGGAUAAUUAAUCCCAUAACGAUGCAGUGUAUAAAGCACUAUGUUGGCCAUGGAAAUGCUAUCAAUGAGCUGAAAUUCCACCCACGAGACCCAAAUCUUCUCCUGUCAGUAAGUAAAGAUCAUGCUUUACGACUAUGGAAUAUCCAGACAGACACGCUUGUGGCAAUAUUUGGAGGUGUGGAAGGACACAGAGAUGAAGUUCUGAGUGCUGAUUAUGAUCUUUUGGGUGAAAAAAUAAUGUCCUGUGGUAUGGAUCACUCUCUUAAACUUUGGAGAAUCAACUCAAAGAGAAUGAUGAAUGCAAUUAAGGAAUCUUAUGAUUACAACCCAAAUAAAACUAACAGGCCAUUUAUUUCCCAGAAAAUCCACUUUCCUGACUUUUCUACCAGAGACAUACAUAGGAAUUAUGUUGAUUGUGUGCGAUGGUUAGGCGAUUUGAUACUUUCCAAGUCUUGUGAAAAUGCCAUUGUAUGCUGGAAACCUGGCAAAAUGGAGGAUGAUAUAGAUAAAAUUAAACCUAGUGAGUCUAAUGUGACUAUUCUUGGGCGAUUUGAUUACAGCCAGUGUGACAUUUGGUACAUGAGGUUUUCUAUGGAUUUCUGGCAAAAGAUGCUUGCAUUGGGCAAUCAGGUUGGCAAACUUUAUGUUUGGGAUUUAGAAGUAGAAGAUCCUCAUAAAGCCAAAUGUACAACACUGACUCAUCAUAAAUGUGGUGCUGCUAUUCGACAAACCAGCUUUAGCAGGGAUAGCAGCAUCCUCAUAGCUGUCUGUGAUGAUGCCAGCAUUUGGCGUUGGGAUCGACUUCGAUAAACUAUUUUUUCCUAGAAAAUUAGAAUAUGUUUGUUGUCUUUGUAAAAUAGAAUUAAUGUAUCUUGCUAGUAAGGGCACAUAGAGCAUUUAGACUUGUUUUUCAGCAUUCAAUCAGGCUGAGCUGAAUGUAGUGAUGUUUACAUUGUUUACAUUCUUUGUACUGUCUUCCUGCUCAGACUUUACGGCUUUUAAUAAAAAUUUAUUUUUGUAAAGCUGUGUUAUUUUUAUUGUGAUGAAACAAGUUGGAAGUAAUAAAAUUAUACCAUA